AUGUACAAAUCUGAACGACAAAAAGAUAUCGCACAUUCAAAUAGGCCCAAAAGAAAUGAACCAAAAAAUUCUGAUAUUCUGGAAAACGUUUCUAAGGAAAAAUGUAUUGAAAACAAUGCUACUGAUUUGUUAUAUGACAAAAUGGAUAAUAGUAUAAAUAAACAAAAUAGUAUAAAUAGACAAAAUAGUAUAGGUAGCCAAAAUGAUAUAAAUAGACAAAAUGAUAUAAAUAGACAAAAUGAUAUAAAUAGACAAAAUGAUAUAAAUAGACAAAAUAGUAUAAAUAGCCAAAAUGAUAUAAAUAGCCAAAAUGAUAUAAAUAGACAAAAUAGUAUAAAUAGACAAAAUAGUAUAGGUAGACAAAAUAGUAUAGGUAGCCAAAAUGAUAUAAAUAGACAAAAUAGUAUAAAUAGCCAAAAUGAUAUAAAUAGCCAAAAUGAUAUAAAUAGCCAAAAUGAUAUAAAUAGACAAAAUAGUAUAAAUAGCCAAAAUAGUAUAGGUAGCCAAAAUAGCAUAAAUAGCCAAAAUAGCAUAAAUAGCCAAAAUAAUAAAAAUCACAAAAAGGGUGUUAAUAAAAAUAGGCAAAAACAUAACAAGACUGAGCAAAAAAAAAAAAAAAAUACGAAUAGUUUAUUGGGAGAUAAUUGUGUGCAAGAAACAGAGAACACACACCACGAAAAAAGUUUGAAUGACGAUUGUUUAAAUAUGGAACAGAAUAAAGAAAUUGUAAAUGACUAUUUGAAGGAAAUCGAAAAAAAAAAUAGCAAUAAUGAAAUAAAAGCAGAUAUUAAUGAUGAAAAGAUACAGUUGGAAAGGGAUUAUGAAAUAGAAGUUGAUGAUCAAAAUAAAGAUGUGUUAUCUUUUCGGGUUUGUGUAGAUGAGAAAAUAAAUGAAAAGGAUAUGGAAUGUGAAAAAAAUGAAAAAGAUAUAAUACAUGAUCAAAAUGAAAAUCAUAUAGUAGAUGAUAAUAAAAUUUUAUGUGAUAAUAAUAUUAUAUGUGAUAAUAAUAUUAUAUGUGAUAAUAAUAUCAUAUGUGAUAAUAAUAUCAUAUGUGAUAAUAAGAUCAUAUGUGAUAAUAAUAUUAUUCUUAACAAUAACAUUACAAUUAAUAAUUACAAUAAUAAUAAUAAUGUUGUAGAAAACAUUACACAUGUGAAUAAUAUUGAUGAAAUAAAAUUGAAAAGAAAAAGGAAAAGAAAAAAUAAUUUUUCUGAAGAUAUACAAGAAGAAGGAGAAGAUGAUUUUAUAAAAGAUAAAGAUUGUAAUGCAGUGAAAACACUUAAGGAUAGUAAAAGAAUUCUUCUUAAUUGUAAUAAAUAUAUGGAAUAUAAUGAUAUGUAUAAAAUAGAAGAUAAUGUUCAGAAUAAUAAUAUGUGUGAAAAUUUAUUAUGUAAAGAAAAAGGUACUAAUGAUAAACAAAUAGACAAAAAUUUUGAAAAUGUUGAAAAUGUUGAAAAUAUUGAAAAUGGUGAAUAUAGAAAGGAUAAUAUUAAUAUAUGUAACAAAAUAAAUUUACCAAUGGUUUAUGAAAAUAUUAUGCAGAGUGAUAGUAACAAUAUAAAUAAAUAUAAAGGUUCUUCAUUUGCAUUAAUUAUACAUGAGAUAUCUGAUUUGUUAUCAUUAAUUACAACUGUCGAUAAAAGUAAAAAUAAAAAUAAAAUAAAGCUAGUUAAUAUUGGACAACAAUUAAAUACUCUUAUGAGAUCACAUUAUGAACGUAUUUAUGAUUGUGACAAUUCUCUUGUUUCCACUAUAAAAAAAAUAAAAAAAUUGUAUAAAUGUUAUAAAAGUAUGGAGGAAAAAUAUUUAAAAAAAAAACAAAACGAAAGUAUAAAUGUAAAUGUAAAUGUAAAUAUGAUAGAUAAAAAGAACACUCCAAAUAAUAAUGAUAAUAUUAAUGAUAAUAAUAAUGAUAAUAUUAAUGAUAAUAAUAAUAAUAAUAAUAAUAAUAAUAAUAAUAUUAAUGAGGAGGAGCGGGAGGAAGAAGAUCCUAAUGAUGGUAAUAAUAUUAAAAAUGAAAAAUUAAUUCAAGAUCGUUUUAUUCAAAAUGAGGUCAUACCAAAAAUAGAUAAAGAUAUAAAUCAAAAGGAUGAAAAUAAUUCUGAUGACAAUAUAAAAGAUAAAAUGGAUAUACUUAAUUGUUAUAUGAAUGAAAAAUUAAAUAUGGAUUGUCAGGAUACUUUUCUUGAAAAAGGAGAACACACAAAGGUGGUAAAUGAAAUGGAUGAGAAAGUAAUCGACAAGGAAAAUAUAAUGGAUAACAUAAAGAAAGAUAUUAUUAAAAAUAUUGGAAGUAUGGAAUCUAAAUCCACAGCUGUUACUUAUAAGGAGUAUGACUUAUCAUUAAAUGAAGAAUAUAUUGAGUAUUUAAAAAAAAAGAAAAAAAUUCUUAAUGAAUUAGAAAAAUGUAAUUCUCAUUUUUUUUUUACAUAUUUUCAUAAAGGAGAACUUAUAGAAUAUCUUCAUAACCAAAUAAAUAUGCACAUUAUAGAAUUUGAUAAAGUGUAUCAGUUAUAUAUAUCAAAUUGA